AUGCCAACGGGUGAACGUCAUCAUCAACUAAUAAAUUCUUCGUUUUUCGGAAGAAUUAGUGCCCGUACAAGUUUAAUGUCGUCUAAAGAUUGUAAAAUGACCGUACAGCUUCUCGACGAUUCUGAAACCAUUAGUCAAGAAUUUAAGAAAAAUGCGAAUGCGCAAGUGAUCCUUGAUUAUAUUUGUGAAUAUCUUAAUAUCGUCGAAAAGGACUAUUUUGGACUUCGCUAUCAAGAUCAUAACAAACAUCGAGUAAGUCCAAAUGUUGGUUUACGUUUUCGAGUGAGAUUCUAUCCAGCUGACAUAAGUGUAAUCAAAGAAGAAAUUACGCGAUACCAAUUGUUUGUUCAAUUACAAAGAGAUCUGCUGCACGGUCGUCUUUAUUGUCCACAGGCGGAAGCUGCAAUGCUUGGUGCACUUAUUCUUCAGUCCGUUAUUGGUGAUUAUGAUGCGAAAGAACGGUCUCCGGACUAUGUAUCAGAAUAUAAACUUCUUCUAAGACAAACUGCCAAAAUCGAAGAGAAAAUAGCUGAAGCUCAUAAAACUCUCAAAGGAUAUACAGCACCGGAAGCAGAAUUGGAGUUUCUUAAAAGAGCUUCUAAGCUAGAAACUUACGGAUUUGAUCCUUACACAGUUAUGGAUAAGCAAGGACAUACAAUGUAUAUGGGUGUAACUCAUCGUGGUAUUUUUAUAUAUCAUGUUAAUCGAAUGAUACAUAAUAUCAAGUGGGACCAGCUAGCAAAAGUAGACUAUCUUGGAAAGGAAAUUUUCAUAACUCCGGUUUCAUCAUAUACCGCACCUUAUAUGGCAGCAGAUAAUCUAAAUGGUGCACUAACAUUCACAAAAGGAAAACAACCCUUGUUGAAUUUUGUGUGCCCGUCGGGUAGUUUUGCGAAGCAUCUUUGGCGUCAUAUUCUAUCUCAGCAAGCUUUCUUCAACGAGAAUGAUGCAAAGCACAUUAAACCGAAAUUUUCGAAGCCUCGCAUUCCACUUUUUACUCGCGGCUCAAGCUUUCGAUUUCCAACAACUCGAGUUUUUCGUGAGAUUGAACUGGACAGAUCAUCCGGACGUGAUGGUCCGCAGCCGAAUUUUAUUCGUUAUGAACUACCUCGUCAACCGCCUCGUCCACAUAUUUCAACUACCAAUAAUUACAGUACGCUUCCUUUAAUGAGGCCUUCUAAUCGUAUGGGAAAAAUUGCACAAGAGGAUCAAACUUUGGAUGAAUCAACGAAACCACUUAAAGUGAUUGAUGAGAAUGAAGAAGCAGUUACAACUGUGAUAGAAAAACCAUUUUCAAUAAUAGAGAAAAAUUCUACUGCGCCAUCUGAGAAUCUAAAAAUAGAUGAAGUGAGGAAUAAUGUUAUGACAACUUUAUCUUGCGAUGAAGAACUAUACAAAACAAAAAAUAUUCAACCUUUAUCGACUGCUGCGUUGAGUUCAACCGUUAUAGAUGAAAAGGCUAUUAAAGAAGAAAUUUUUACAGAGACUAGUGCUGACAAAAUUAAAUUAAGUGGACCAAAUUGGCUAACAAACUUACCGGAAAUUGAUUCAGUUCGACAUUCUUAUUAUGAACCAAUACGAAAAUACGUGAAAGAUGUAUACAAAUAUUGA